ACACAAGCAAGCGAGAUUGUAAACAAUCCUACGGGCAGAAUCACCGCAGCUUUGUUUGGCGAUUACACAGCUCGGAUAUUGAAUUGCCGGUUUUUUUUUAUCGACCAUCAUUCCGGCACACCAUGGCUGAGGUAAAUGCAACACAAUUGGCACGACGGCGAUUCCUCACGAUUGCCAUCUCGUCCCAGCUGGAAGAGGCUGGCUUCAGCACGGCCGAAAAGGACGCCCUGGAAACGCUCACCGAGAUGAUGCAGAGCUUUCUGGUUGAGCUGGGACACUCGGCUAGGAAUUACUGUGAACUAGCCGGACGAACGCAGCCAGUGAUCGGGGACGUGGUUGUGGCGCUGGUCAAUAUGGGAAUUUCCAUCCGGGGACUGGACACGUUCGCCAAACGCGAGGGCCGGCACGUGCUGCCCCAACCGCAGCAAGCGCAGGCCCAGAAGCAGCAGUCCAUACUGCAGGCUGGCCAGAAGAUACCUCACCCGUCCUACAUUCCCAGCCAUCUGCCCCAGUUCCCGGAUCCGCACGCAUACAUACGAACGCCGACCCACAAACAGCCGGUGACGGAGUACGAGGUGAUCCGGGAGAAGGCGGCACAGCAGCAGCGGGAUGUAGAGCGUGCUCUGACCAAGUUUCUGGCCAAAACGAGCGAAAUCGAUACGCUAUUCGACAACGAGGAGAACCCCAUGUUCCCGCUCAUCGCCUGCAAACCAUCCUUUCCGCCCUACCUGCAAGCACUGAACCCGAGCGACCAAAUAUUUGACUUCGAGGAGCUCGAGUACUACUAUCUGGUGGCAAACCGGAAGGAAGACAUAACGGAAACGAAAGAAGAGGCCGACGCCGGCGACGACGACGACGACGAGGACGGGGAGAGUCCGAAAAAGGAGGACAAAGCGUCCCAGGAAGCCAAACAGGAGGUGGAGGAGGCGGCUUCACCCUCCGCAUCGAAAAGCGACUCUCCGGCGGCGACGGCAAGUGCUUCGGCCGGUGGCAGUGGACAGACGUCCGGCGUCAGUACGCCGGCACCGAUCGAUAACCCUUACCUGCGGGCGGCGACAAUACCGCGAAAGGUGAAGCAUGAAAUGCGCUAGAGUUUAACGGCGAUCCUAGGUUAAUUUCGAAUGUUGGAAAUAAAAAGAAAUCCCGAACACAACUCGAACAGCUAUCUACACUGAUACUUAAUCGGAUCAAACGUGGUGGUUCUGUAUUUCCGCACAGGAGAAAACAAACAAAUUACACAGCUCGGUUCGUCCCACCCCCGCGAGGGGGGUUGAUGGAUCUUGUCGUUACUCGUGGUGAUGAGUGUUACUGAUUUCGCUUACAACUAACGCACUAACCAGCCCGCCUGCUUUGUCGCCCAUUGCGUCCUCGAAUGGGGUGGUGGUGCAGCAGCUGAAGCGAGAGUUCCCACCCGAAAAAAGGGGGCUUGGGAGGAUUUCCCCCUUUCGCGGGCUCUCUCUCCCUUCAUCCGACGGUCCCUCCCACCAUUCGAGGCCGAAACGGUGGCGACGUCACAGUAUUACGGGCGCGUUAACUCCUUACGCCUGUCGUUCAUGGCCUCCUUAGGCAGCCUCCUUGGCCAGACGCUCCGCCUUCUCGACGACCUCCUCGAUCGGGCCGACCAUGUAGAAGGCCACCUCCGGCAGAUGGUCGAGCUCACCGUUCAGGAUC